AUGUUUUUAUCUCUUCUUGCCGAAUAUUUUAUUCGGUUUGAUAAUGAUCAAUCAUAUAAAUCAUCAGAUUUUGAUAUACCUGCAUCAAAAGUAAAAAAAGUUAAAGAAGCAAAAAGUAGUAGAAAAUCUAUUUUAACAUCUGAUAGAUUAAGAGAUAAAUGUUUAAAAGGAACAUGUAUCCGAUGUAACAGCUUUUGUUCAUCAACAUUGUUUACAAUUAUGCACAUCACUUGUACAACAAAAAAAAAAGUUCCUGUUAGACAAUAUAUUCGAGCAUUUGAACUUGGUCUUGAUCGAUUAAGAGAUUCAGCUUGUGCAGUUCGAAAAGAUGCAAUAACGCUUAUUAUAUAUAUGGUUCUUAAUAAUCCUUAUCUUGUUAUGGAUUCAACUCGAAUUCAAUUUGAAGAAAGAUAA